ACAGUUCCAACUUUCUAACAUGGUUUCCAAAUUGCAAUAUGUCUUUAUUGCGUUGUUAAGGUAAAAUUCGUUAUGUAUGUUAGCUAUUGUCUUAAUUUUGUUUAAAUUUUGUGACUAACGUUCGAUCUAAUUUUUAUAUUCUUUAUUUCAAUUGCUACAGUUUCUAUUGAAAUGUUAUCGUAGUUAUAAUUUUAUUUCCCGCCACGAGUUCAAAAGGAAUAAUGGCGGAAAACGUGAUGGAGACCUCAAGAUCGGUAGGCGAAGAUACGAAUGUAAUUACAAUGUUAGAUGUGUUGGAGGAAGAACAAGAAUUAGAAGACGAUGCUACAGCGGUCUUAGGUGCUUCGGAUGAUAAGAAUUGUACUUACAUUGAGGGUUACGUGAGGAGGCAGGCACUGUACGCCUGCAAGACGUGCGUCCCGGUGGCCAGCGAGGGCCGGGAGCCGGCGGGGGUGUGCCUGGCGUGCAGCUACUCCUGCCACGAAGGUCACGAGCUGGUGGAGCUGUACACCAAGAGGAACUUCCGCUGUGAUUGUGGGAACAGCAGAUUUGCCAGUAGAAAAUGUAAUCUGGAGCCGAACAAAUCGCCGAGCAACGAGUUGAACUCGUACAACCAGAACUUCCACGGCCUGUACUGCACGUGCCACCGGCCCUACCCGGACCCCGACGACGAGGUCGAAGACGAGAUGAUCCAGUGCGUUGUGUGCGAGGACUGGUACCACGGCAGGCAUUUGGGAAGUACAAUCCCCCCUCAGCACGACUACUCCGAGAUGGUGUGCCUGGACUGCAUGCACGCCCACGAGUUCCUGUGGCACUACGGAGGCCUGUUCGUGACCAAGGUCGCGAGGGAGGGCAGCCGCGGGCCUGAGUCCCACGUGGACGUCACCACUGCCCCCGCGGGCAACUCCAGAGACGCCGGGGACUGCGACGGUCUGCGCGGCGACGGAGCGGGCGCCGGCUCUAGCGGUGACGACAAGGCUGCUCUCUGUGCUGGGGUCAACGGCAGUGAAACCGCGACGAACGGCGUUCAGGACGGCCGGAAGCCAGCCAACAGUGUGGAUGGUCGCGAACGUGGUUGCCUGAUCAAAGACAAGAAACUCGUGAAAGGUUCCGGAGCAGUGUUCUUCAGCGACGGGUGGCGGAAGAACUUGUGUCGCUGCAACGAUUGUCAGGCGCUGUACGACGCUCAGAAUGUCAAGUUUCUGACGGACGAGCAAGACACGGUGCAGGCGUACGAAGAGAAAGGCAAGGCCAAAGCCCAGGUGUCCUCGCAGUACGAACAAGGCAUGAAGGCCCUAUCUUCCCUCGACCGCGUCAAGCAGGUCGAAGCCAUCGAAGAAUAUAACAAUAUGAAAACCCAGCUGAAAGAAUAUUUGCAGAAGUUUGCUGAAAAUAAGAAAGUGGUCAGAGAAGAAGACAUCCGAGAAUUUUUUUCGGGCAUGGAAGCCCGAAAAAAGCAGCGGUUAGAAGUGCAGAUUCCGUACUUUUGUCGCUAGUAAGAUUUUCUAUGAAAAUGUUUCAGUUGUGUACAGUAAAUUUGCAGUUGUAUGACUGUAAACAAUUUUUUCAUUUCUACCUAAGGGAUGUUUUAAUGUAUGAUUUAUUUUUUAAAUUAGAAUUACAUACUGGUUAGUCUCUGCAAGGAAAGGUUUUUUUCUGUAUGUUGGUUAGGUUUUUGCAAAACAAUUCAAGAAUGAAAACAGUUUAUUUAUUAUUAAUAAGUAGAGACCUGAAAAAUUUGCGGGUUCAUUUCGUGUUAUGUUAAAAUUCUAAUAAUUAUACCUUAGUGCUGCUUCUGCCAUUGGGUCACUGUUAAUCUGGAGGACUGAGGGCCAAUUAGAGACCCUCACUCAUAGAAGUGUCGAAUCACAGACACUCGGUCGAGACGACUCACAAGUCAGCAGCCAAUGAACAGUUGGCAUUUGCCCGAGUGUGUAAAGGAUAUUGGAGUCUAUCCUGGAGGUCAUUGAACCCGCGAAUUUUUCCGGUCUCUAUUUAUGUCAGUUAUUUUAGUUCAUGAAUUACUCUGGAAUUCUGUAACUUAUUUGAAUUAAGUGAUAGAAGCCAGUAUGAAUAACAUUUUAAAAUGAUUUUUCACCCUAUGCGAAGAAAUACAGUGGAAUUUCAGUAGAAAGUACCUACCUCACUUUAAAGUACUUUUCACUAUGAAAGUAUGUAUUUUAAAUCAGCACAAUAUGCUUUACAGUUAAGAGCAGUUCAUUUCAAGCAAAUUAAAUACUAAGUACUAAAAAUUAUGAUUUAUUUUUAGUGUAUCCUAUUGAGAUUUUGUUAUAUAUAGCCUUUGGUACCCUUUCUAAUAUAUUUUAUCUCAAAAGUGCUACCAGCAGUACCAGAAGAAUCGACAAAGGAAAAGUAAAUAAUUUUGUUGCCUUAAUAUUAUUUAUUACUCUAUACAAAUAAUUUUAUGAUAUAAUUUUUUCAAUUUUUUGUAUGCAUUUAAGUUACUGUUCAGUCAAGACAGUCUGUAUAUCUUUUUGUCUCUAUGUAUGAUAUGUAUAAACAUACUGCUACAAUUUUUUGAGUCUCUGUUUUCAAUAAAAUAUUUAAGUGCUUUUUUUUAGUAGAGGAUACAAAAAAUUCCAUUGCCGCUCACAAACGUUUUAAAUAAAGAUGUAGUACUCAAUGAAGUACUGAAAAUUUCAGAAGAAAAUAUGAUUGCAACCAUGAUCCUGAUACGAAACGAAGAUGGUAUAGGCAUAAAUAUAAAGCAGAGUUUGGACCUCAUAAAAUAAGUACCUAUUCUUACUUUACUAUGCUGUUGAUAGUUGUGUGAAGAUACAAAGUAAUAGUUUGGUUUCAUGUUUUUACACUUAAAAUAUGAUAAGUUCAUUGUGUAGAAGUUUAUAGAGUGGAAUUAGAACAUAUACAUUUUUUUUUUAAAUUUUAUUGUAUUAUUAUUUGAUAGAUACACUCUUAAUGUGUUAACAAUAAUUCUCAUAUUCUGUUAAUUUUGUCUCUUAAAUAUUGUGUGAAAAAUUGAUUUGUUCUGUUGCUGUUUCAGUACAUUUGUAGUGGUGUUUUAUGUAAUCAAACACAAAUUUUCUCUAGUUUAUGAAAUUGGGAUUUUUUUUGUGUUAUAAAUUUUUUAUGUGAAUGGUUUUCUUUGUACCGUAGCAUGUAAAACCUGUGUUAAUUUUUCAGAUCCAUUGUUGACUUUUACAUUUGAUAAGACUUUGGGUUAGGUAAUGGUUGUAUGUACUUUGUAGAUUAUUUUCACAAAAUAAAUCAAGUUUUCUUAUAAA